UUACGAUAGUGAGGAUACAUAGAGUGCAGAACCCAAUGCUGUGGGCCUACUUUGUGCUGUAAGGUUUUUUUUUAUGUAUCUACAACAGGUCUGCACAACAUACGGCCCGCGGGCCACAUGCGGCCCGCAAACAUCGACUUUGCGGCCCGCGAAGUAACGAAAUAUUCUUUAUUCGUAUUAUUUUCUUUAUAGCUUUCCCCCCGUCCUAUUUUCUUUUGGCCCGCACGUGUUUUUCAUAAAGCAUGACGGCCCGCCUUGCAUUUUGAGUUGUGCAGGCCUGAUCUACAAGCAAUGUACAUAGGUAUAAUGUCAAGGUCGGAGACCUUUCUGAGACUUACUGACUAGUCAAAUUCAAAGCGAGGCUUGAAAAAUGUUUGUAGAUAUCACACCACGUGACCAGCGUCACGGGUUGGGGGUGGUUGUCAGCCAAUGCCACCCAGCUAGUGGCGGUAUUUCAAAGUCUCCCAUACUGCGCGAUUAUGGCUAAAGAAUCUCUUCUACCCGACAAUGUAUCCAGAGAUGAACUGAUACCCGCACCCUUCCCUUACCAUUACACUACGGGGCCGACGGUCUUAGUGCUUACAUAGUUUAUGAACAACGAUUCAAAUGAACCAUUCUAAACGUUUGAAAUAGGAACGUUAAAAAAAGUAUACUUUUUUUUUUUAAAUUCCCCUCCCCUCCCCCCCCCCCCCCCCCCCUUUUUUUUUUUUUUUUUUUUUUUUUUUUUUUUUUUUUNAAAGACGUCGGCAUUUAAAAUUAUAAAAUUAGAAGCACAAAACUUUGAUUCGUUUAAUGUGAAUUCCUCAUUUUUAAAGGAUCGGAUACAUGAAUUUCAAGAGCAAUAGAAAUUGUAAAUAUUGGUGGGUGGUGGGGGGGGGGGGAAAGGUUGGUUGGUGGGGGAAUGUAGAUCAUUGCUUACAAGAGUUGCGGUAAAAUUUUCUAAGAGUCAUUAACACCUAUUUGUUAAGAGAGGAAAAUCGUAUUGCUUUAGUCACAGGAGUGGGAAGAAUGGGCGUGGAGGGGACAGUCGGCCGAGGCGAAACUUAUUUUUUUUUAACGACAGUGUUCUCGGUCCACUGCACACAUACGAUGUCGCUAGUUGUCUGCUUCGCGGAGGAUGUGUUAUGUGGUUCUUGUGAUUUAGCCGUGCCAAAGUGGAAUGAUCGCCCCCAACGUCACAAAUUCAAUAUUUAUUAGACCCCUAGUCUAGAGUCACCAUUUGUGGUACAUACUUAAAAGGAAAAUUCGUUGAUUCUAUUUCAUGAUUCUAAAAUGUGGUGUCAUUAAAAGUGAGCUGCGUUGUGGUAUAAAAGAGAAAAUACUCUAUUGUACUAUAACUAUUUUGUAUGUAAAUUAUAGUAUUAUGUUAUAAAUAUAUUUUUUUAAAAUAUUUAUUUAUUUUUGGUUUAUUUGUUUGUGUGUUACACGAGGAAGGUUUUUAAUUACAGGAAACGCAGGCAAAUGGCGCAAGAUCUGAAAGGCCUUGACCCCGAUGAGAAACGCUUGUUCCACGGGACAUAUCGAGACAACCUCGAGGCUAUCGUCAGGAGAGGCUUUGACGUGCGAAUAGGACAAAAGCACGGGAAAAUGUACGGAGAAGGUGAGCCACUCAUUUUUUUAAGAACAAAUCCUAUAUCUUAACUUCCCUUUUGUUCGUGUUCCUUUGUGGCAAAAGGCAACAUCUUCAGUAAGCUAAUUGACCCACUUCCCGCCAUCCUAUCAAGCUGAAACUCGGCAUCUAGACUAGUUGCUGAUGACAAAACAUUCUUUAACAUUUCAGCCCCCCUCCCCCACCCGCAAACCCCCCAAAAAUCAUGUUUCCGAUUUUUCAAAAUACUUGUUGAUGCCGAAGAUUCUUCUUCUUCUUCUAUAUCUUAAGGGCCCACGAUCAAUUUAUUGAUUAUUUUGGCUCCUAUGCAUGUAGAUGGGAUUUGCAAUGAUUCAAGAAAGGUCAUACAGUUUCACCCCUAAUAAAAAGUUUUUACGGCUUAACUCCCUUAACAAAGACCUUUGUUAUUAAAAAAUAAGAUGAUUGUUGAAGGGGAAAAUGAAUGAAAUAUAGAACGUGUUUUCAAAGAAGUUUCCCCAUUAACAUAAGCGCUUCUUAAUAAAUGAUAAAUCACGGUAUAAAUCACAAACAAACAUUCAUAUAAAGGAUUUAUACGAAGAUCUUACGUUUUAAAUCUACGUUACAUGGUUAAUUGAUAUGGUGAAGACUUAGUUGGACAUGAUACAAUGGCAAGCGUUUGGGCAUUUUUUUUAUUUGCAUUUCUAAAAAUCCUUUGAGAAAAGAUAUACAAAUAGAGAUAUGAUAUAAAUUACAGUCCGACGCUUCCCCGGGAUGGGUGGGGGAAGAUAUUAGGACUUAAAUUUACCAUCCUGACUUCCCGGGAGAGUCGGCUGCGAACGCUUUUAACGCGGCGUUUUCGGUCGACCGGAAGUCACCGGGCGGGGAAAGCUUCCAUCCGCAAAUCCGAUCGAGCGGCUGCGGGUAGGGGCGGUCCAGGUCCGGGGAAGUCCCUGGCGUGCCGCCGCACGGUCCGGCGUCAGGGAGACCCGGCGUCUGGGCUGUGCGGAGGUGCAUCGGGGAGGGCAUUAAGAGCUCACGCUCGAUGGCCCACCGACGCCAUUUCCCAAUGAACAUAUUUAGUACAUUGGCAAGUAGCUUCAUCUGCUGAGCUGAGCCAUGUAACAUUCUUCUCACGUAGGGCUCUCCCGCCGCCCUGGCCUCCCCCGAAACCUCUAGUGAAGGGCACUCUGUCAACAGAUGUGCUAGUGUUUCUGGGACGAAGCCAAUAUUUAGUGCACAUGGCUAGAACGACAAAACAUACUCUUAUACUAAAUUAAUCAAAAUAAGUGUUUUACUUAGUGCCCUGCGAAUGGUGGCUGCAUGGGGCAGCCGCCUCGGAUGCCUUCAUCAGGGAGCUAGAAAAUCGUCAAUUAUCAAUGUGUAUAUUUUAUAUGCCUAUUUAUUUCAUUAGCUAUUUAUGAAAGACAAAUGAUGGGCCCCAGUUUCAGGCUUCGCCCCAUCUGCAUGUGUUCCUUCUCACGGCUCGGUGCGUUAUUUCAAUAUAUAAGUAACAUUGACGUCUGCUGACAUUUUUCUCAGGUACGUACUUUACCAGAGAAGCGAGAUAUGCUCACUCAUUCACAGACUGCGGUGGCGACAGAAUCAGCUCCCGCUGGAAAAAUGGCCCCCCUGCCUGGACGCCCCUGUUUAUACCGUACCCCUCCCCGGAGGUUCUCUUAAUGCAGCAGCCGCCAGCAGACCCGGAUCCACCCUUGAGCGGUCCAGCGUCCCCAUCGGCCAACAGCGAGUGCCAGAUGCCCUGCGUUUUCCCGCCUUUAUUCCAGAUAGGCACGUCAGACGUCGGCCACGUAUUCAACCGUCUGGCUCACCCGCGGAGCCACUUCGUGAUCUCCUCCCGCGUGCUGGUGGGGCGCUACACGCAAGGGCACCCGGAUCUGAGGCGGCCGCCCCCC